GCCGUGCGGGGCCCGGGCCGGGGCCGGCGGGCACAGCAAGAGCGGCAGAGCUGCAGCGGCGGAGGCGAGAGCAGCGGCGGCAGGGAUGGGCGAGCGUUGCUGUGCGGUGCUGCGGGUGCUGGUGCUGCAGGCGGCCUGGGCGCUGGCGGGCGGUCAGGUGCGCUACUCGGUGCCGGAGGAAGCCAAGGCCGGCACGGUGGUGGGCCGUCUGGCGCAGGACCUGGGCCUGGAGGCGGGCGAGGCGGAGGCGCGGCGGCUGCGGCUGGUGGCGCAGGGCCGGCGGGCGAGCGUGGAGGUGAGCGGGGCGAGCGGCGCGCUGCUGGUGAGCUCGCGGCUCGACCGGGAGGAGCUGUGCGGCAAGAGCGCGCCGUGCGCGCUGCGCCUGGAGGUGCUGCUGGAGCGGCCGCUGCGCGUCUUCCAUGUGCAGCUGGAGGUCACCGACAUCAACGACAAUGCCCCCAUCUUCCCCGCCGUCCGCAAAAACCUCAGCAUCGCGGAAUUGUCUGUGCCGGGGUCUCGUUUCCCGCUGGAGGGCGCGUCGGAUGCGGAUAUCGGAGUGAACGCGCAGCUCUCCUACACACUCAGCCCCAGCGAGCACUUCGCUCUGGAUUUGCACCGGAGUGAUGAAUACCGAGAAUCCCUGUUCCUUGUACUCACGAAAUCUCUGGACCGCGAGACGAUUCCCGUGCACCGGUUGGUGCUGACAGCGACUGACGGGGGCCGGCCGUCUCUGACAGGCACCAUGGAGCUGGUGAUCUCAGUGCUGGAUGCGAACGACAACGCGCCCCAGUUCAAUCAGUCGGUGUAUAAAGUGCAGCUGCCCGAGAGUGCUGAUGUGGGGACACUGGUGGCGCGGGUGAACGCAACGGAUCCGGAUUUGGGAAGUAAUGGUGAAGUGACAUUUAGUGUAAGCAGUACUUUUCCAGAAAAGGGGAUUAACAUUUUCCUUUUAAAUGAGAGGACGGGUGAAAUUAAUCUGGCAGGCAGCGUGGAUUAUGAAGAUAUUCGUACAUAUGAGAUACAAGUUGAGGCGACAGAUAAGGGGACGCCCUCGCUUUCAGGUCACUGCAAGGUGGUGCUGGAAGUGCUGGAUGUGAACGACAACGCGCCGGAGGUGUGGGUGACGUCGCUGUCGGUACCGGUGCCGGAGGACGCGUCGGUGGGGACGGUGGUGGCCCUGCUGAGCGUGUCGGACCGAGACUCGGGGGCGAACGGGCGCGUGCGGUGCUGGGUGUGGCCGGCGGCGCCGUUCGGGCUGGAGGCGACGUUCGCGGGCUCGUACUCGCUGGUGCUGCGCGAGGCGCUGGACCGGGAGCGGGUGUCGGAGUACGAGGUGGAGGUGCGUGCGGAGGACGGCGGGGCGCCGGCACUGGGCGCCAGGCGCGGGCUGCGGGUGCCGGUGUCGGACGUGAACGACAACGCGCCCUUGUUCGCGCAGGCCGUGUACACGGUGCUGGCGCGGGAGAACAACGCGGCGGGCGCGGAGCUGGCGCGGCUGUGGGCGCGGGACCCGGACGAGGCGGGCAACGGGCGCGUGAGCUACUCGGUGUGGGAGGGCGCGGCGGGCGGCGGCUGGCGUGCGGCGUCGAGCUACGUGUCGGUGGACGCGGAGAGCGGGCGCGUGUGGGCGCUGCAGCCCUUGGACUACGAGGAGCUGCAGGUGCUGCAGUUCGAGGUGCGCGCGGUGGACGCGGGGGAGCCGCCGCUGUGCGGCAACGCCACGGUGCAGCUCUUCGUGCUGGACGAGAACGACAACGCGCCGGCGCUGCUGCCGCCCGCGGGCUCGGCGCCGGAGGCGGGCGCCGUGGCGGCCGAGGCAGCCUCGGCAUCGUCGUCGUCGUCGUUUGUGGGGCCGGUGUCGGGGUCGGGCACGCUGUGGGCGUGGGCGGCGUGGGGGGCGCCGGCGGGCCAGGUGGUGGCCAAGAUCCGCGCCGUGGACGCCGACUCGGGCUACAACGCGUGGCUGCGCUACGAGCUGUGGGAGCCGCGGGCCAAGGGCCCGUUCCGCGUGGGGCUCUACAGCGGCGAGGUGAGCACGGCGCGGCCGCUGGACGAGGCGGACGGCGCUCGCCACACGCUGCUGAUCGUCGUGCGCGACCACGGCGAGCCGGCGCGCUCGGCCACGGCCACGCUCAGCGUGUCGCUGCUCGAGGCCAACGAGGCGGCGCUGGCCGCGGGAUCCUCGGCGUCGUCGUCAGGGUCAGGGUCGCGGUCGGCGUUGGGCGUGGAUGUGGGCGGCGCUGCGGCCAGCGCGGCGACCAACGUGUGGCUGGUGGUGGCGAUCUGCGCCGUGUCGAGCCUGUUCCUGCUGGCGCUGGUGCUGUACGGGGCGUCGCGCUGGGCGCCGCGGGCGGCCGUGCUCUCGGGGCCCGGGCCCACGACGCUCGUGUGCGCCAGCGAAGUGGGCAGCUGGUCGUACUCGCAGCGCCACAGCCGCAGCCUGUGCGUGGCGGACGGCGCGGCCAAGAGCGACCUCAUGGUUUUCAGCCCCAACUUCCCUCCGCCGCCGCCCGGCGCCGCGCCCAAGGACACGCAGCCGGAGCCCUCCGCUCUCCUCCACACGGUCAGUGCGUCUUGCUUCGUUUCCUCUGCUCUUUCUCAUCCGCCCUCUGGGUAG